GAAGUCACACAUGUGACAAAUGGAAACAAACUGACAACUUAAAAGUUAAACAAUAAAUAGUGUUAGUAAUAAAUAGUAUUAUAGAUAAACUAAAAUGUUUGCGUUUAAUACUCAAUUAGAAUUACGUCGAAUAACAAUAUCAAGCCUUAUUACAUGUAUUUACUUGCCUAGUAUUGUGACUGUCAUAUCGUAUAGAGGGUCGCUCUACUAUGUGGGCAAAGGAUCUUCUUUUUAUAUUUUGGUACUAAUAUUCAUUGCCGAAUUACUGAAGUCGUUUUAUCUUAGCGCCCCGAAUGAUAUACAAGGAAAGAAAGGCAAGACCAGUAAAACGAAAGCAAGCGACGUCCUCAAAUCGUUUGUGUUUCUCCUUGGUGUUAACUUUUGUUUCUUUAUUGGAAUAAUACUUUUUGGCGCGCCUGUAUUAGACUUACAUGAAGAAACAUUGAUGUUAUCCACGCUCUUAACCAUACUCACAAUAUUUCCCCUCAUACUUCAUUCUGGUGUGGAAUGUUCUAUGCAACUAUUGUUUGGCGUGAAGAGCUUUGCCAGGGACACAGUGGUCGAGAUGCUAGUGAAUAACGCCAUGCUUACCGUAUGCGGCGCAUGGCUGGGGGCUGUAGUGAUACCCCUGGACUGGAAUACUCCAUGGCAGCAGUGGCCGAUACCUUGCUACCUUGGAGCUAUAGGUGGUUACUUGCUGGCUAAUGUAUUGACAGUAUUCAAAGCAACCUUAAUGACAGCGGCCUACAAAUAUCCAGCAGUCAAUUUCCUAGUUAUGAUAUUGAAUAAACUAAGAGUUUCGAAGUAACUAAUUGGGCUUUAAUUAUGUUUAAAAUUAUAAUUUUUAAUUUAUAUGGUAAACAUGUAUCAUGUUUGAAAUUACUAUCGUUUUUUUACAA